GCGUGCCCGGCUGCGCGCUGGCUUUCGCCCCACAGCACUGAGCAGGGGGCCAGGGAUCAAGGCACAUCUCCAGAGACGGGUGGAUGGAGAGGGUCUGAAUGGACUGACAGUAGACCCCCAGAGAGAUACAUGGCCAGCUCCCAAGAGGUGCAGGAACAGCUUGGCGUUGGGUGCUCCAGCGCAGACCUCCGACUUCCCUUUUCUCGCCAGCGCGAGCUGAUUUUUUCCUCUGUGUUUUUUGAGUUGCUUUGGUGGGAGCCACUUGGCCCCUUCUUCUUCUACCCUCCAGGAUGGUGAGGUGGUUUCACCGUGACCUGAGUGGGCUGGAAGCCGAAGCCUUACUGAAGGGACGAGGUGUCCAUGGGAGCUUUCUGGCCAGACCCAGUCGGAAGAAUCAGGGGGAUUUUUCUCUUUCAGUCCGGGUUGGUGAUCAGGUAACCCAUAUCCGCAUCCAGAAUACCGGGGAUUUCUAUGACCUGUACGGAGGGGAGAAGUUUGCCACCUUGUCAGAACUGGUGGAGUACUACACGCAGCAACAGGGCUCGCUGCAGGACAAAGAUGGAACCAUCAUUGACUUGCGAUACCCGCUCAACUGUUCUGACCCCACUACGGAGAGAUGGUACCAUGGGCAUCUGUCAGGCUCUGCAGCUGAGUCGCUUCUCCAGGCCAAAGCCACCCCUUGGACCUUCUUGGUGCGGGAGAGCCUGAGCAAACCUGGGGAUUUUGUCUUGUCCGUCCUCACCGACCAGCUUAAACCCGGCUCUGAUGCUCCACCAGCUGGGGCAACCAGUGCCCCCAAGGCCCGGCUCAAAGUCACGCACAUCAAGAUCAUGUGUGAGAACGGGCGCUACACCGUUGGAGGUGCCGAAACGUUUGACAGCUUGGCGGAUCUGGUGGAGCACUUCAAGAAGACUGGAAUCGAGGAGAUGUCUGGCUCCUUUGUGUACCUCAAGCAGCCCUACUAUGCUACGAGGGUGAAUGCUGCUGACAUUGAGAACAGGGUGCAGGAGCUGAACAAGAAGAGUGUAUCUGAGGAGACGUCCAAGGCUGGAUUCUGGGAGGAAUUUGAUAGUCUGCAAAAACAGGAAGCCAAGCACCUCUUUGACCGUCACGAGGGUCAGAGACCUGAAAACAAGAGCAAGAACCGAUACAAGAACAUCUUGCCCUUUGAUCACUCCAGAGUCGUCCUCCAAGGAAGGGACCCAAAUAUCCCUGGAUCUGACUAUAUCAAUGCCAACUACGUCAAGAACAACCUCAUCAGCCCCGAUGAGCGCACCAAGACCUACAUCGCUAGCCAGGGCUGCCUGGAUGCCACCGUCAAUGACUUCUGGCAGAUGGUGUGGCAGGAGAACACGCGCAUUAUCGUGAUGACCACGCGGGAGGUAGAAAAAGGGCGGAACAAAUGUGUGCCCUACUGGCCGGAGGUGGGCAGCACGAAGGAAUAUGGUCCCUACCUUGUGAAGAACGCUGGGGAGCACGACGCGUUGGAGUACAAACUCCGGCACCUCUGCGUGUGUCCGACGGAUAACGGUAAGGCAGUGCGUGAGAUUUGGCACUACCAGUACCUGAGCUGGCCUGACCACGGCGUGCCCAGCGAGCCAGGAGGAGUGCUCAGCUUCCUCGACCAAAUAAACCAGAAGCAGGAGAGCAUGCCAGGUGCAGGACCUGUUCUGGUGCAUUGCAGUGCUGGGAUCGGCCGCACUGGGACCAUCAUCGUCAUCGAUAUGAUAGUGGAAGCGAUCUCCACCAAGGGGCUGGACUGUGACAUUGACAUCCAGAAGACCAUCCAGAUGGUGAGGGCCCAACGCUCAGGGAUGGUGCAGACGGAGGCCCAGUACAAGUUCAUCUACAUGGCCAUCUGCCAGUUCAUAGAGACGACCAAGAAGAAGCUGGAAGUUAUCCAGUCUCAGAAG